UCAACAACACUCAAUACCAUCAUCCCCCGUAAUAUCUCAUAUAAAACCAUAGCACGCUUUUAAAAUCUUGUUAUUUUCUGUCUUCCUCAUCUCAGAUUCUUUGUUUUUCUCUCUGCAAAUUCAGCUUUCUCGUCCUCCUUCAUCUGAUGGAUCAGAUUGUGCAAUGUCGAUGAGCUUGGUCUCUGGUGAGGAAUAUUGGUUUGGUCACUUUCUGGUGCUCCUGUUAUGGCGGCAGAGGCGGCAUUGUUCUUUUCUGUUGCAUCGGUGGUGGAGGAUGUGCUUCAACAGCACGGUCCUCCACUCAAGGAUCUUGAUUUGGAAUCUAGGAAAGCCGAAGAAGCUGCAUCGAGAAGAUAUGAAGCUGCAGGGUGGUUGAGAAAAAUGGUUGGUGUAGUUGCAGCUAAAGAUUUACCAGCUGAGCCCUCUGAGGAAGAGUUUAGGCUUGGUUUGAGAAGUGGGAUUAUUCUGUGUAAUGUUAUUAACAAAGUUCAAUCCGGAGCAGUACCCAAGGUGGUUGAGAGUCCUGUUGAUUCUGCAUUGAUCCCUGAUGGAGCACCAUUAACUGCAUAUCAGUAUUUCGAAAACGUGAGGAAUUUCCUUGUGGCUGUCCAAGAAAUUGGACUUCCUACCUUUGAGGCAUCUGAUCUGGAACAAGGAGGAAAAUCAUCUAGGAUUGUGAAUUGCGUCUUGGCUCUGAAAUCCUAUAGUGAAUGGAAAAUGACUGGGGCAAAUGGUGCGUGGAAAUUUGGUGGAAAUCUCAAACCUACUAUCGCUGCAAAGUCGUUUGUGAGAAAAAAUUCGGAGCCAUUUACUAAUUCCUUGUCAAGGACUUCAUCGGCUAAUGAAAAAUCUCUAACUGCUCUUAAUUCUGACGUUGAAUGUAAUAAAAUGUCUGGUUCACAUUCUUUGAGUAUGCUUGUUCGUGCAAUUCUAUCAGAUAAGAAGCCAGAGGAAGUUCCAACGUUGGUUGAAUCUGUUUUGAACAAAGUUGUAGAGGAGUUUGAGCAUCGAAUUGCUAGCCAAGGUGAACAGACAAAAAUAACUUCGGGUGAUCCUGUUUCUCAAAGCAACGGGUCUGUAUCAAAGAUUUCUAUUGCAGAUAGAAAGGUGGAGCAUAAGAUUUAUAUGGUAACAAAGAAAGAGGAUUACAUUCAUAAAAAUCGAGUUGCUGAUGAGGAAUCACAAAGCCAACUUAUGAAGAAGCAAAUGCUCUUUGACCAGCAGCAAAGAGAAAUUCAAGAACUAAAGCAUACUCUUCACAGCACAAAAGCUGGUAUGCAGUUCAUGCAAGUGAAAUUUCAUGAGGAGUUUUCCAAUCUUGGUGUGCACAUUCAUGGCUUAGCUCAUGCUGCUUCCGGAUAUCAUAGAGUUCUUGAAGAAAAUCGCAAAUUAUACAAUCAAGUCCAGGAUCUUAAGGGAAGUAUUAGGGUGUACUGUCGAGUAAGACCCUUCUUUUCUGGACAGUCAAACCAUUUGAGCACAGUGGAAAAUAUAGAAGAUGGCACUAUCACAGUUAGUAUUCCUUCAAAAAAUGGGAAGGGACACAGAUCCUUUAAUUUCAACAAAGUCUUUGGACCAUCUGCAACACAAGCUGAGGUCUUCUUAGAUAUGCAGCCACUCAUUAGAUCUGUUCUUGAUGGUUAUAAUGUUUGCAUAUUUGCAUAUGGCCAAACAGGAUCAGGAAAAACUUACACUAUGAGUGGACCAAAAGAGAUCACAGAGAAAAGCCAAGGUGUAAAUUACAGGGCUCUAAGCGACUUGUUUCUUAUAGCUGACCAAAGAAAAGACAUUUUCCACUAUGACGUUUCUGUUCAAAUGAUUGAAAUUUAUAAUGAGCAAGUCAGGGAUCUAUUGGUCACUGAUGGAACAAACAAAAGAUUAGAAAUUCGUAGUAGUUCUCACAAAGGGCUCAGUGUGCCAGAUGCAAGCCUAGUUCCUGUAUCAUCAACUUGUGAUGUUAUUGAACUAAUGAACCUUGGCCAAAGGAACCGUGCAGUUGGAGCAACAGCCCUUAAUGACCGCAGUAGUAGAUCUCAUAGUUGCUUGACUGUUCAUGUUCAAGGAAGAGAUUUGGCAUCUGGAACCAUUCUUCGUGGAUGCAUGCAUUUGGUUGACUUGGCAGGAAGUGAGAGGGUAGAUAAAUCUGAGGCCACAGGUGAUAGACUAAAAGAAGCACAGCAUAUUAACAAAUCGCUUUCAGCUUUGGGAGAUGUCAUUGCUUCCCUUGCUCAGAAAAACUCUCAUGUUCCUUAUAGAAAUAGUAAACUCACACAGUUACUCCAAGAUUCACUUGGAGGACAGGCUAAGACAUUGAUGUUUGUUCACAUAAGUCCAGAGAGUGAUGCUAUUGGAGAAACAAUUAGUACCUUAAAGUUUGCUGAAAGAGUUGCUACAGUUGAACUUGGUGCUGCUCGAGUAAACAAAGAUGGUGCAGAUGUUAAAGAGCUCAAAGAACAGAUUGCUAGCCUUAAGGCAGCUCUAACAAGAAAGGAAGGAGAAUCAGAACAUUCUUUAUCCAGCAGCUCCGGAAAAUACAGGACUAGGGCUAGUGAGCUAUCACCUUAUCAUAUAAACCAGCGUGAUGCAGACACUGGUGAUCAGCUUGGAUGCAGGCGACCAAUGGUUGAUGUUGGCAACAUAGCGCUUCAGAGUAAUACCACAUUGAGGCACAAAACUGAGAGCUUUGAUUUUGAUGAGAUAUCAACAAAUUCACCACCAUGGCCCCCAGUGAAUAGUCUUGGACAAAACUAUGGAGAGGAUGACAAAGAAACUGGUUCUGGAGAAUGGGUUGAUAAGGUCAUGGUAAACAGACAAGACGUAAACAAAACCGAGAAUCUCUUGGGCUGUUGGCAAGCAAGCAAUGGGAACUUAUCUGAGACAUUUUAUCAGAAAUACCUCCAAGAUUCUUCCAAAAUGUACUCAGAACAAUCCUAUAAUGUGUUCAUGGGAAGCAACCACUUUAACAUUGCUGGAUCAGAUGACAUGGAUGAGCUUGAUGCUGCAACCAGUGAUUCCUCGGAACCUGACUUACUUUGGCAGUUUAAUCAUUCCAAACUCACCAGCGUCACCAAUGGAAUUGGAUCAAAGGCUAUCAAAUCCAUCACAAAGGCAGCAAAAAGUCCAGAGUUGAGCAAGAAUGGUGUUCAUUCUUCUCUUGGUCCUUCACCUUCAUUGAAACAAUCAAAUGGUGUCUCAAAUCGAACAGGAAGGCAUCCAGCUCCCGUUGACGUGAAACGUAAAACUGGGAGUAGAAAGUAAAUGUGUAAUUGAAAACGAAAAAGAGUGAUUUUUUUAUUUUUUUCAAUUUUUUAGAUUGAGGAGAGAGAACGUUUGUUAUAAUUUUCUAUUUUCGGUUUGUAAUUUUUGUAAUUUGUAAUCACACAGAUAAUGGAGCAAUAAUGCCUGUUGCUUGC